AACCUUGGACAUCCUCCCUUUAAAUUCUCUUCCAUCUAUCUCGUGUCCCUCCUUCAUCUCUGCUUUCCUGAACCUGUUUUUCCGUCAUGUCUGCAUCCUUCGUAGCAAAGACAGGUCUUUCCGGAUGCUUACCUGAUUUGAAUAAGGCUCAGGUUGCACUUGCAGCACCAAAGUUGUCUUACAGGCCAAUUUGCGGUUUGAAAAGGUUUCCUGCACUAGGUGCUAAUAAUAAAAGAUCAAACACUGGGAUGAUAGUCCACAUGUCAACUGGUGAAAGUGGAGUUUCUGGUCUAACUUACAAGGACGCAGGAGUUGACAUAGAUGCAGGUUCUGAACUUGUGAGAAGAAUUGCAAAAAUGGCGCCAGGAAUCGGUGGCUUUGGAGGACUUUUCCCUCUGGGUGAUUCUUAUCUUGUGGCUGGUACAGAUGGUGUGGGGACAAAGCUUAAGUUAGCAUUUGAAUCUGGAAUUCAUGAUACUAUUGGGAUUGAUCUGGUUGCAAUGAGCGUCAAUGAUAUUAUUACUUCUGGAGCAAAGCCUUUGUUUUUCCUUGAUUACUUUGCCACAAGCCGUCUUGAUGUGGAUCUUGCUGAAAAGGUUAUAAGAGGAAUUGUUGAUGGUUGCCAACAAUCUGAUUGCACUCUUUUGGGGGGAGAGACUGCAGAGAUGCCGGGCUUCUAUGCUGAUGGAGAGUACGAUCUAAGUGGCUUUGCUGUUGGUAUAGUUAAGAAGGAGUCUGUCAUUGAUGGGAAAAACAUCACAGUUGGCGACGUUCUCAUUGGGCUGCCAUCUAGUGGUGUUCAUUCUAAUGGUUACUCUCUUGUUAGAAGAGUUUUGGAUAAAAGUGGACUCUCCCUAAAGGAUGAACUUCCAGGUGAAAACAUCACCUUAGGUCAAGCUCUUAUGGCUCCUACUGUUAUUUACGUAAAACAGGUACUUGACAUUAUAAGCCAAGGAGGUGUUAAAGGAAUAGCUCACAUUACAGGUGGGGGAUUUACAGAUAACAUUCCAAGGGUUUUUCCAAAAGGGCUUGGGGCACUUAUUUACAAGGAUUCUUGGGCAGUCCCUCCUAUCUUCAAAUGGAUUCAAAAGGUGGGAAGAAUAGAGGAGGAUGAAAUGCUGAGAACCUUCAACAAUGGAAUCGGGAUGGUUCUUGUGUUGAGCAGAGAAGCUGCCGAGAGAAUCCCAAAUUCAGUCGGAUAUCGAAUUGGUGAAGUAGUUGUGGAUGACGGUGUUACUUAUCACCAAAGAUAAAAAAAAAAUAUCAUUCUUAAAAAUUAAAUUCUUAUCUGAAUUUUAUUUCUUGUGACAAGUUUAUGGUUUUUGUUUCA